AUGGAAGAGCAGAAGCAGAACCUGAUCAUCCUGGACAUCACCAGGGACGAUGGACCUCGAAUCAAGAUGAUCACCGAAGCUGGGAUGAUCGGGAAGAUUGGGUUGAAUGAACUAGGAAUUGGCGUAUGCCUAAAUGCCAUUAAAGUGCCAGGGUGCGACCCUUCCCGUCUUCCAGUUCAUCUUGCUCUUCGGUCAGUGCUAGAUAGCCCGUCGGUCGACGAUGCUGUCCAGCAGCUGGAUGAGGUCGGAAUAGCUGCCUCGGCUCAUAUUCUCAUUGCAGACAAACGCAAAGCCAUCGGAUUGGAGUCGACGGCGGAGACUAUCAGACUUGUUAAGAUGGAUAAAGAAAAUCGCAUCUUUCAUGCAAACCACUUGUUAUUGGCACAUGAUGGCCCUGUGGAAGCUGGCUGGCUGGCUGACUCGCCUUCUCGCCAGCAGCGAAUCCAGAGACUGGCUUCAGAACUGAGCUCAGACACCGACGGAAAGCCAAAUGCGACCGAUAUAACACGCAUUUUUGAUGACCAUGACGGGUUUCCGCAUUCGAUCUGUCGUUACGAGGAAGGGCCAUUGGGGAUGGAUGCCACACUUUUCAGCAUCGUCAUGGAACUUCGCGGUAGAACUGCUAUGAUAUCCUUGGGAAGACCAUGUCAACCAGACGAGACAAUAGUACUAGAAUUUGAAUGA